AACUAUAAUCUCUCCACUGCUGUAACCAUGGCUACAGCAAGGUCAGAUACCGACAAGACUCCUGUUGUUUGUUCUGUUGAAGAAGAUGAGAGGCAGCCAUCCGACUCUCUAGGGACUUCCCAGCUUGAAGACCAAGUUACCCAAUCCAAGCCACAUCAUAUUUUCUCUCGUCGUAAGAAGUUGCAAAUGGUAUGCAUCGUUUCAAUGGCUGCCAUUUUCUCCCCCUUAUCGUCGAACAUUUAUUUCCCAGCCCUGGGCGAGGUGUCAAGUAGCUUAAAUGUUAGCAUGUCCCUUGCCACCCUGACGGUCACGAUAUACAUGAUCGUGCAAGGGGUAACACCUACAUUUUGGGGUUCGAUUUCAGAUGCCACAGGGAGACGUCCAGUCUUUAUUGGGACGUUCAUUGUGUACAUGAUCGCCAACGUUGCCCUUGCUGUGUCCACCAACUAUGGAGAACUCAUGGCUUUUCGUGCCCUACAGGCUGCUGGUAGUGCGGCUACAAUUUCCAUUGGCGCAGGUGUCAUUGGUGAUAUCACCACUUCAGCGGAAAGGGGAAGCCUUGUGGGUAUAUUUGGAGGAGUUCGUAUGCUUGGGCAAGGGAUCGGCCCGGUUAUUGGCGGCAUCUUGACUCAGUACUUAGGUUUUCGCUCCAUAUUUUGGUUUCUCACGAUAUGCGCGGCCGUGAGCCUUUUGUCUAUUCUUAUAUUUCUACCCGAGACGCUGAGGCAUAUCGCCGGUAACGGUACUGUUAGGCUGAGAGGUAUCCAUAAGCCUUUUCUGUAUGUGGCUAUCGGACAGAAGGGAGCCAUUACUGGAGCCGACCCGGGCCAGAAGAAGCCUGAAUUGACAUGGCGUGCUAUACUUGCUCCUCUCACAUUCCUGGUAGAAAAGGACAUUUUCGUCACCCUUCUCUUUGGAAGCAUCGUUUACGCGGUUUGGAGUAUGGUGACUUCCAGUACUACAGAUCUUUUCCAGAAUGUCUAUCAUCUGACCUCAUUAGAGGUUGGCUUGACAUUUUUGGGGAAUGGAUUUGGAUGUAUAUCGGGGUCGUAUUUGGUCGGGUAUCUUAUGGACUAUAACCACAGAUUGACGGAACGCGAAUACUGCGAGCAACAUGGCUACCCAUCUGGUACGCGGGUCAACCUGAAAUCUCACCCGGAUUUCCCUAUUGAAGUUGCCCGAAUGCGUCACACUUGGUGGAUUGUUGGACUAUUCAUCGUGACAACUGCUGUCUACGGCGUCUCGCUUCGAACACACAUAGCGGUUCCCAUCGUUUUGCAGUACUUUAUUGCUCUGUGUUCAACGGGGAUAUUUACCAUCAAUAGCGCAUUGGUCAUUGAUCUUUACCCUGGGGCCAGCGCCAGUGCAACAGCAGUGAAUAACCUGAUGAGAUGCUUGGUGGGAGCUGCUGGAGUGGCGGCAAUGCAACCCCUACUGGACAUGCUGACUGCCGAUUACACCUUUCUCUUGCUUGCGGGGAUCACACCCGACUUCCGACUGGACUUUGAUUGGGCUAUAAUUUCGCGAACGCUAUUGCCCGUGGUUACCGACCGUCUCCCACCCAACAGCGAGGGCACCAAACAUCGUGGUGUGCUGGAGCAGAUCCGAGACGAAAAGAUGCCUCCUGAGAUGGGCCGAGCCGCCUCGCAGGCCUCAAGUGCUGCUUCUCAAACAACGCAGAUAGUAGCACCACAUAGCCGCCCUGGGACAGCAGAUCUCAUGAGAUCGCGCUCGGAAACUGUAGUGUCAAGAAAUGGUCGCCGCCCAAGGUCUAGAGGCUCUACUGCCAGCCUCCAUUCAAACACCACCCAACAAACCCAGGACCAGCAGAUUACUGAUGGAUUUCCGCAAUUCCUCCCGGCCCAAGCCAAUGCCAGCCAUAAUGUCUUCGGAGGGAAUCCUGAGGAGAUAAUCAUGCGAUUUGGUCAGCAACUUUCGCAUCCCGUGAGCGGUUCUUCGCUGGACCCGACUAUGCAUGAUGCUCAUCACCCCGUCCUGCCAAGGGCUGAAGACUUCCCAAGCCAUGCGAUGCAUGGCCAUCACCUCUCCCACCAUUCAAUAUCUUCAGGUCUUCCUGGAUUGUCUUCCGUGCCAAUGCCACAGUACCAGGCGAUAUAUGACAGUGGGAUCGAGAAUCACGUCCCAGAACAUGUUCUAGAUGAGAACGAGAAUUCCGAGGCUGGUGCGAAAAAGAAAAAGGGUUCAAACUCUUCCCUUGCGAAUGACAAUGAACUGCGAAAACUGCUGCGGCAGUACGAAGGGUAUUCCUUGAAGCAAAUGGCAGCGGAAGUCCUUAAGCAUGAAGGAGCCGGCGGUAAGGCUGAAAAGGUGAAGCAAGUCUUUGCUAUGAUAUGGUUGAAGGAGAAUUGCAGAAAAAGCAGCGGUUCUGUUCGGCGCGAUCGUGUUUACUGCUGCUAUGCAGAGAAGUGUGGAACCGAGCGUGUCUCCGUUUUGAAUCCAGCUUCUUUUGGGAAGCUCGUCCGCAUCAUAUUUCCCAACGUACAGACUAGGCGACUCGGAGUCCGGGGAGAGUCCAAAUAUCACUACGUCGAUCUAACAGUCAUUGAGGAGAAACAGCAGAAGCCUCCACCCUUAAACCCUCAGAUUCCAGCUAACACAACCGGCUCAGCUGCCCCCAUAGAGCAUAAAGUGGGAGACGCCAUGCAGAAGAGAACUAGUGUUAGUAUCGCACCGCAGCCUCCUGCAGACACUGCAGUGUUCCCUUCACCUACCACUUCAUUCACCGCCAGAUCCUCGGGGAGUCUUUCGAGCUCAGAUUGCGGUUGUCAUACUUCGUCUCGGUCUAGUGGCGAUUCCGCCACUACCCUUGAAAAUGUAGCAAGCCAUUCCGGAAAAAUUAUUCACCAGAUGCUUCAACUGCCAACUACCGAAGACUCAUCCAUUGAUAACGACACUCUACAACUUCCUGACAUUAAUGACUAUGUCCCCGUUAAUACUGAUUCGAAGGUUGCCGCUGCUCUGGCCGCCCUUUAUCGGUCACAUUGCAUUUCUGUCAUAGACAGCUUUCGAUACUGCAAGGAGCGAAAUCUACGCCAUUACUUCUCUGCCUUCCACGGAACGCUAACCGUGCCGGUACAGAAGCUUCUAACACACCCUAACCUCGCCCCGUGGAUUAAGGAAUGCGAUUGGCUCAUGUACCAGAAAAUGAUUGCGUUUGUGGCACCGCUCACAACUCAGGUCGUUCCGAAGCUCGUCCUAGACACCUUUAGCUCCAUCUCUCAAAGACUUACCGCCCAUAUCGCAGAUACGUUCAAAACGCAACCGAUACACGUCUCCCUAGCAAGAUUAAUACCGGCGCAUAUAUUCUGUAACCUUCUUCGGCACAUGCUCGAUGUCAAUCAAUCCGCCAAUGCAGCCGCAGCGUGGCUGUGUCACCCUGAUAACAGAAAUCAAAUGUGGUUUGACUUCAAAACGCUGGUAGACCCAAAGGAUAUGAUUUCUAAAGCGAAUAUCCCAAGUUGCGCGGAGCAAGCUGCUGAGCAAAUUCUCAAGCAUGAUGUUCGAGCCCUUCUUACUCCUAUUACCGAUCUGAACCCUGCCGCUGCCCAUCCGUUCUACACAAAGCCUGAUUCGGAAGGAAGUAUUCAGGCACAUAAGUAUCCAGUGCAGUCAUCAACGGGUGAUGACUAUAACUUCCCGGAUAAAUGGAUAUCGUUCAUUCUCAAUUUACCAUCCGCGUUUCCAAAUCACCGUACGAAAUGUAUCAUAGAGAAAGUCGAUGCGUUGUGGGAUUGCAUCCUUCGCCGAUUAACAUUAGGGGGGGCUCAGAGCUUUAGUGCCUGGUGGAUGACUAAAGUAUUCUUUCACGAAAUGAUGCUUUGGCAAGCAGAAAAGGGUGGCUUUAUGCGCUAUACUCCGAGCACAUUGCAAGGCGUGAGUUCGAGAGCGGAUCAACAGGCACCAAAUAACACUUCCAUGAAGCAGCCUAUCUAUCCAGACUCUGUUAAGAAUGGAUCCUUUACGGCUCCUAACACACAAAACACUGUUGAUUCAAGGCCUGGAUUAGAGACCUCUGCCCCGGCAGAGAGUAUCCACCAAUCUCGAUCCUCUUUGGAACGUUCACAGAUGGACGCAGAACCACAAUCGAGCAAUGCUCCUAAUGAGAAGCCAGUGGACAUGUCCGAAAAUAUAGCCAGCUUUCAUGCCUCAAACAAUGAUGAUAGCGCGAUUGAUCUUGACGAUGAUUCAAUGCUAAUGACCGUGGGCAAAUACGGCGAUAUGAUGGCCUCUGAUCCAGCAGAUGCUGAAGGCGAUGUUGUCGUCAUAUAA